CAGUUGUCACGUGGUUUUUUUAAAUUUUUUUAAUGACCGCGAAAACGGUAAUUGCAGUAGAGUAAUUUUACUGUCUACAGUCUGAGCCCUGGAGGCUAUAGGGCAAGAUUGACAUAGAUCUAAUUACUGUAAUUAGCAUUCUUUCUGUUGUCAGUGUGGCAGUUAAUCAUGAAGGGAAAGGUUCACGACGUUACUGUCAUUGGGGCAGGAUGGUCUGGGGUAACAGCAACAAAGUAUAUGCUCGAGGAAGGUCUUUCUGUCGUUACUUUGGAAAGAAGAGACCAUCUGGGGGGAUUGUGGUAUUAUUCAGAUGACCCAUCAGAGAAGAGUGUCAUGAAAAGGACCAGGGCUACUUCCUCGGCUACGGUCAGUGAAAUGUCUGACUAUCCCAUGCCCGAGAGUAUGACUGAAUUUCCUCAUCACAAGCAAAUGCUGCAAUAUCUUCGCUCUUAUGCGAGUCAUUUCGGAGUCCUCCCCUGUAUAGUGUUCAAUACCACGGUGACCGGUGUAUCAAAAGAAGGAGACCUGUGGCAGGUUACAACAGUCAACAGUGAUGUUUAUACAAGUAAAUUUCUUGUUGUGUGCACUGGUCAAACGAUACCGCUAACAGGUCCAAAGGAAACAAUAUUUAAAAAUUUCUCUGGCCCCGUACAUCACGCCAAAGAGAUAAGGGACCUGAUGCCUGAAUAUAAGAACGAGCGGCUCUUAAUAUUCGGAGGUGGGGAGACAGCUGCUGACAUAUGCAGUGAAUGGUACGAUCAUGUCAGCGUCAUUUACUGGAGUUCGCCUCGAGGGCAACAUUUCUUUCGUGGUUACGGUCGAGUUCUUCCCUUUUUGAAACCGAUAGCCCUUGACAAAGCCUCAUCCUGGAUUGUUGACAACAUUUCUCCGUAUCACAAGAGCAAACCAGGUUUCAACUGGAUCUGUAAGUGGACGACAAACGGAUCAUUGCUAGCUUAUCAGGGCCAUGGCAUACCAGAGUGGAAAAACAACACUCCCUUAAUGCAUCAGUUUGUAAAUAAGAAUGGGCACGUCCUUGAUUUGGUUGAUUACAUCAAAGUAGUGCCAAAAGGAGCCAUUACUGAGUGCAGGGGGAAGACAGUAAUGUUUGCUGAUGGCUCAAGCUCAGAGUUUGACGUUGUCAUACUGAGCACUGGCUAUACGGAGUCUUUUCCUUUUUUACCAGAGGACAAGCGACCUCGUGAUUUUCUUAAACUUCAUAAGCAGAUCAUCAACAAUGAUGAUCCGACCUUGGCCUUUGUUGGAUUUAUUCGUCCAGUUCUUUUCUCUGUGUUUGGUGUCGUGGAAAUGCAGUCAAGAUGGCUCUCAAAGAUGUUCAGUGGAAGUGUCCAGAUGAAGAGCAGGGCCGAUCGAAUUAAGGAAACAAAUUCUGAUGCACGCUUUUGGAAGGAAUACUUCAAGACAACCGUUCAGCCAAGAGAUAAAACUGUUGAGUUUUUCCUUUACGUUAAUGGUCUUGCGAAACAGAUUGGCGUCUAUCCAAAUCGUUCAAAGCUUUUUAAAAGAAGCAUCUAUGGAUGGUAUGUCUCUCUAGCAGCCCCUCUUAACUCAUCCAUCUUUAGACUCAACGAUGAGGAGCAUGCCACCAGGGCACUUGUGAAUCUUGAUAAGCACAGAAAAGGAACUCUGGCUUUAUUCUAUUUCUCAUUCUUUUUCCUUCGUAUUCUCCACUUCACUGAGAUUCUGAGUGUCCUUGAGAGCAUCAAGUAUAGAAUCCAAACGUCAAAAGUUGGAAAGUUUUGUUAUAAAGUCGUUGGCCAAACAAGAAUAGUAAGGCUCAUCGAUUGGAUCUGGUGCAUUCCAAAAAGAAUAUUCUUUGACAAUAGGUCAAAGUUACCUGCAGUUCUACCAAUUGACAUGUGAGACUAUUUUAAAGUCAUUUUUGCCCUUUUAUUCAUUGAUCAUUCCAAUAUAGUGUAGAGUUCAGACUUUAA